CAAACCUGUCUGGAUGAUACAACAUCAAGAAUGAGACUGCACAGCCAGUUUACUUCCAACCCGACGUGUGUUUCAACGUGCUUUUAAUAAUUUUACACAACAUAUGUUUACUACCACUGUGUUGUACGGAUAAUAAGCAAUGGUCUUCAUUUACCUCCUUAUUGGUGCCUUCGUCGCGCUUGGCGCCUGGCUCUACCGUAACUACACCACGUUGUCCCACCAUGGCAUCAAGCAUGGCCCCUUUGUCCCGCUGCUGGGAGACAUGGCUGGCGUGACGUUCCUGAAGGAGCACAUGACUGAUGUCGUCAUGCGCGUUUAUGACAGCUUCCCCAAUGAGAGGUUGGUGGGUCGCUACGAGUUCCUGACUCCCUACGUCAUAGUGAAAGACCCUGAACUGUUGAAGAGGAUCACCGUCAAAGACUUCGACCACUUCGUUGACCGAAGGAUUAUUGUUGACGCCAAGGCUGAACCUAUGUUUGGCAGAAAUCUUGUUUCUUUGAGAGGUGACGAAUGGAAGGACAUGCGCUCCGCCCUCAGCCCAGCAUUCACCAGCUCUAAGAUCAGACUGAUGGUGCCAUUCAUGGUACAAGUCGGGGACCAGAUGAUAAGGGCUCUAAAGACCAAGAUCGAACAGUCUCAAGUUGACUACAUCGAUCUUGAGGCUAAAGACUUGACAACGCGCUACGCCAACGAUGUGAUAGCUACCUGUGCCUUCGGUCUCGAUGUCAACUCGCAACAUGAAGAGAACGAGUUCUACAAAAUGAGCAAGGAACUCACUAAUUUGACUUUUGAAACUAAGAUGAGGUUCCUGGGAUAUAGGAUUGUGCCUUGGAUUAUGUCUGCGUUUCAGUUGGCAGUAUUCCCUGCGAAGGUGACAGAAUUCUUCUCAAAUGUAGUACUUGGAGCCAUGAAACAACGCGAGGAGCAGCACAUCCACCGCCCUGACAUGAUUCAUCUUCUGAUGGAAGCUAAAAAAGGAAAACUGGCACAUGACACAAAGACUACACAAGACGAUCACGCUGGAUUUGCUACAGUAGAGGAGUCUGACGUUGGCAAAGUUAAAAACAAAACUGUGUGGUCCGACAUGGAUCUCGUCGCUCAGGCGGUGAUUUUCCUUUUCGCUGGGUACGACACUGUUUCCACGACCAUGUCGUUCCUUCUAUACGAGCUGGCCGUCAACCCUGAAUGCCAGGAGAGGCUACUACAAGAGGUUCGGGAGAAUGAGAAGAAAAACAACGGGAAGUUUGACUAUAAUUCAGUGCAGCAUAUGACGUAUUUGGACAUGGUCGUAUCAGAGGUUCUUCGUAAAUGGCCAGCAGCUCCAGUAGUGGACCGGCUUUGUGUCAAAGACUACAAUCUGGGUAAACCCAACGAUAAAACCACCAAAGAUGUUAUCCUUCGUAAAGGAGAAUCAGUACAAAUACCGCUCUGGGCAUACCAUCGAGACCCCAAAUACUUCCCUGACCCUGAAAAGUUCGACCCUGAGCGCUUUUCUGAAGAAAACAAGCACAAUAUCAACCCUUUUGUCUAUAUGCCCUUCGGAUUGGGGCCUAGGAACUGUAUUGGAUCAAGAUUUGCCCUCUGCGAAGUAAAGGUGAUGGCGUAUCAACUACUGCUCCAUAUGGAGGUGACACCCUGCGAGAAGAGUAUAAUCCCGAUCACUCUGAAUAUGAAAGAUGGCUUCCGGAUGGCUGUGACUGGAGGCAACUGGCUCAGGUUUAGGCCACGCAAGAAUUGUACAGCCAGCUAUAGAAGCUUACCUAAAAAUGACAUUUUGACAAAAAACUCAUUAUUUAUUUCGCAUUUUCUUCCAGCUAUGUUUUUCAUCUACCUCCUUAUCGGCACUGUGUGCACCCUCGGUGCCUGGCUCUACCGUAACUACACCACGCUUUCCCGUCAUGGCAUUAAGCAUGGCCCCUUUGUCCCGCUGCUGGGAGACAUGACCGGCAUGAUUUUCUUGAAGGAGCACAUUUCUGACGUCGUCAUGCGGGCGUAUGAGAGCAAACCAGAAGAGAGAUUGGUGGGUCGCUACGAGUUCCUUACUCCCUACGUCAUAGUGAAGGACCUUAAGCUUUUGAAGAAGAUCACAGUCACGGAUUUUAACCACUUCGUCGACCGAAAAACAGUCAACCCCAAGGCAGAUACUUUCUUUGGCAGAAUGAUUUUUUUCUUGAAAGGUGACGAAUGGAAGGACAUGCGCUCCGCCUUCAGCCCAGCUUUCACCAACGCCAAGAUGCGACUGAUGGUACCAUUCAUGGUACAAGUCGUGGACCAGAUGAUGAGGGCUCUAAAGACUAAGAUCGAACAGUCUCCAGUUGACUACAUCGACCACCCAGCUAAUGACUUGACAGCGCGCUACGCCAACGAUGUGAUAGCCACCUGCGUCUUCGGUCUCGACGUCAACUCACACCACAAAGAGAACGACUUCUUCAAAAUGGGCAAGGAACUUACCACCAUAAAUUUUGGAUUUAAGAUUAGGUUCCUGGGAUUCACGUUUGUACCUUGGAUUAUGUCUGCUUUACAGCUGACAGUUUUCGCAAAGAAGGCCACAGAUUUCUUCACGAACGUGAUGCUAGGAGCUAUAAAACAACGCGAAAAGCAUAACAUUUACCGGCCUGAUAUGAUCCACCUAUUCCUGAAAGCCAAGAAAGGAAGAUUGGCGCAUGACACUAGGACCUCAAAAGACGAUCCUGCCGGAUUUGCUACAGUAGAUGAGUCUGAUGUUGGAAAAGUUAAAAAUAAAGCAGUCUGGACCGACAUUGACCUAGUGGCCCAAGCAGUGUUCUUCCUCUUCGCCGGUCACAACGUGGCCUCGACUUUGUCGUUCCUCCUCUACGAGCUGGCCGUCAACCCUCACUGCCAGGAGAGGCUGCUGCAGGAGAUCCAAGAGAAUGAGGAAAAGAACAAAGGAAAGAUGGACUAUAAUUCAGUGCUGCACAUGGCGUAUUUGGAUAUGGUCAUGUCAGAGGUUCUUCGCAAGUGGCCUAGUACUAUAAUUCAGUCCCGUGUUUGUGUCAAAGACUACAACCUGGGGAAACCCAACGACAAAGCUACCAAAGAUGUUAUCCUGCGCAAAGGAGAUGCAGUACAAAUACCGAUAUGGGCGUACCAUCGCGACCCCAAAAACUUCCCAGACCCUGAAAAGUUUGACCCUGAGCGCUUCUCCGAAAAAAACAAGCAUAACAUUGAUCCUUUGGCCUACAUGCCCUUCGGGUUUGGGCCCAGGAGCUGCAUUGCAUCAAGAUUUGCCCUAUGCGAGUUAAAGUUGUUUGCGUAUCAACUGAUACUCCACAUGGAAGUCAUGCCGUGCGAGAAGACCAUGAUCCCGAUCACUCUGUCUGAAGAAGAUGGCUUCCGGAUUUCUGUGAAAGGAGGCAACUGGCUUAGAUUUAGACCACGGAAGAAUGGGGUUGGCAACUGUCAAAAGUUAUUAUAGAUAGCGCAUAGGUUUUCCAUGUUCCUGUCCAUGUCCCUUUCUUCCAUAGGAUUUGGCUUUAGCAUUCGGA